AGAUCUGAAGCCGACGUCAGUAUGCGGAGAUUUCUUAGAAAAGCGUGUCUUCCUUUUAUAACAUUCGGUGUUUUGUUAUUAUUUCUAAUUAUCCACGUAUAUGAACCACAAAUAUGGCGGCCACAUACGACACAUGGACAAACUUCUCGGGCAAUCCGAAUUGUGAAGAAAGAUAUAUUCAGCUAUAAAGACUCCGAGGAUAUUGUUUGUGUUCAUUUCCAAGGACGACUUGGGAAUCUUAUGAUUGAAUACGUGUUCCUAUACAUUAUAGCAAAGAUUAAAAAGUUAUAUCCUAUUCUUCCAGAAAACUCAGUAUUGGUUCAAAUUUUUAAUAUUCAAAAAACUACACUUUCAGCAAUAAAAAGCUCCCCAAACGCUUGUUCCAAAUUACCAUUACAUAAAGAAAGAUGGGGACUUUCAUAUGACGAGAAUCUGCUCAGUGUACCCCCUUCCAAAGGAGUGAGAUUUGAUGGCUUCUUCCAGUCAUGGAAGUACUGGAUCAAAUAUGAAGACGAAAUUCGCGAUAUUCUAACUUUCAAAGAACCGAUAAGGAAAAAAGCAUACACACAGAUGAGGGAUAUCCUUAAUCAGAUGAAAUUUAGUGCAAAUAACAAUAAUGUUGUAGUCAGCGUACAUAUAAGAAGAGGAGAUUAUGCAACCAAGGGGCAUUAUAAGUACGGCAAACUCACACCACCUGAAACUUACUACAAGAAUGCCAUGGACUAUUUUAAAAAAAGAUAUCGACAUGUAGUAUUUGUUGUAGGUUCUAAUGAUAUAGGGUGGUCUAAAAGGGCUCUAGCAACCGAAAAGAAUGUUUACUACUCAACAGGGAAUUCAGCAGCAGAAGACAUGGCCUUGCUUUCUCUCGCUAAUCAUACCAUCGUGUCUGUGGGAACUUUUGGCUGGUGGAUUGGAUGGAUGGCGCGAGGAACCACUAUUUUUUAUAAGAACAUCUUUAGACCCGGAUCUGAAUUUGCCAAAGAGUUCCGAAAUAAUUCUAUUGAUGACUUCAUUUACCCUGGGUGGAUUCCAAUGGAAUAAAAAGAUGUUUGUGAAAUACCAAAGGAAAAAAAUUAAGAAUACAAUAAUCCACCAUCGAAAGAAGAACGGUUGACACUGAUAUUGCUUUUUUGACAAUAUCUAAUCAUUAAAUUCAUUUUUAUGUUUAUUUAAUCCUUCAUGCUAAAUGUAAGUCACAUCCAGCAUCUGGUA